CAGUAACACUCACACGGUUGCCAUGGCCCUGCAUAAGCAGUGGGAGAACACAGAGACCGACUGGCACAAGGAAAAGAUGGAACUGCUGGACCAGUUUGACAACGAAAGGAAGGAAUGGGAGAGUCAAUGGAAAAUCAUGCAGAAGAAGAUAGAGGAGCUUUGCCAUGAAGUAAAGCUUCGGAGGAAAAUCAACAUGAAUGAAUGUGCUAAUAAGAUCCUCAGUCACGAUCGUGAGAAAGUGAUUCAAGAUCAAGUGGUGGGAUCUCCUCCAAACUACCCCAAUUCAGGACGAUGUGAAUUUACACGGAUGAAUCACAGGGAUGGUCUGGAAAGAGAAAAUAAAACAGAGCACAGCUUACCCUGUGAAGGAAAUCAAAUGUGCAAGGAACAAAAAGCAACCAAAAAAUCAAAAGUCGUGUUUACGGAUCCUUUGGCCACAGAUAACCAAAAAGAAUAUGAGGUCUGCCCUGAUCUGAGGACUUCCGGGGAAGAGAGCAGGAGCAGUUCUGGGGCCCUCAACUCAGCUCUUGAAGAACUUGCCAAAGUUAGUGAAGAAUUAUGCAGCUUUCAAGAGGAAAUCCGAAAGCGGUCUAACCACAGAAGGAUGAAGUCAGAUUCUUUCCUGCAGGAAAUGCCGCGUGUAACGAACAUGCCUCGCGGAGAGCACAUGAUCAGCGAUGGCCAGGGCAUUCUUCCAAUCAACUCGGAAAAGCAAACACAGGAACACGGAAAGAAUCUAAGCUGCACCGAUGUGCCCCCGAGCGGGGCUAGGAAAAAGGGUGACCUGGGUACGACUGAUCUGCAGAGAAAUGAAGCUCCGCCCCUUCCUCCUCCGAGAAGCACAUCCCGAAACUUUCCCAGCUCCUGUGCAGAACGAGCUCCUGGGAGUCUGAAGGGAGGUUUAGGCCGCAGCAUCCAGGUGGCCCCGGAGGGUCACGGUGGAAGGGGCUGUGGUCCUGACAUCCUUUGGAGGCCCCGGGCGGCCCCUGGGCUGGGUGCAAAUGAAGGGCAGGCCCUGCAAGGUGGCAUCGUGUUUCCUUCUCUGGCGCCCAAAGCCAAGAUAGAGGACAAGCCUGCAUGUGAGGACCGUGUUGGGCUGGGCAGCUGGCUUGGUGGCGGUGGGGUGGCCGCACAGAAUGGUCCCUCUGCAUCCUGCUGUCCCGAGAGCUGGGAGGCGCUGGCCCCAGGUGGCCCGGCCGCCUCUAGCCCCAACGACCUUGGCUCCGUGGCCACCGAGGGCAGUGGCCUGCUUCGGGGUCUCCGCUGUGGCUUCAGGACCACCAGGAAUGAGAAGCUGGCCGCCAAGACCGAUGAAUUUAACCGAAUCGUGUUUAGAACGGAUCGGAACUGCCGGGCGGCGCAGCCCCCGCCGAGCCACCAGCCACCCCCCGGGGGGCCCGGACCCACCGCCCUGGGGGCCGCGGGGGGUGACGAGGAGUCCGGGGGUCGUCCCGCCGGUGCCCAGGGGCCCGUGCCCAGGGCGCAGGUGCCCGACCGCCCCGGCCCCCGCCCCGGCCCCCGCCCCGGCCCCGGCCCCAGCCCCGGCCCCCGCCGCCCGCUGCUCCCGCGCGCCUGGGGGCCCCGCAGCCUGGCCGGCCGCCCGCGCUCCGCCGACCCCCGCUCCAACUACGGCGUCGUGGAAAGGCUGCUCCGAGGCCACGAGGCUGCCGCUCCGGCCGCCUCGCCGGGUCCCCAGGGCCUCCGGGAGGAGACGGAGGGAGACGGAGGCCACCCCACGGGCCGGUCGGCCGCAGGCGGCGCUGAGGAAUCCGUGGCAGUGAAAUCUUCACAUGGAAAAGGAUUUUCCCGACCUGCUAGACCAGCAAAUCGCCGUCUCCCAUCCAGAUGGGCCUCCAGAUCUCCAUCAGCACCCCCUGCCUUGCGGAGAACUGCCCCCAGCUAUACCAUCUCUCUACGAUCAGCAGCAUCGAUGGUCUGAGUCUCUGGCCUGGAUUGCUAGAGGACGAAAGUCCUAAUCGCCAAACAGAGCAUUCCGAGUGUUUACAGCCAAUCCUAUCUCUUCUCUGUCUUUCGAGAUCAUUGGGACAAUUUAAAUCUUAACUUCCCAUCAGUCUUCAGUGUUUUUAAUCUAUACCUUCCCGUAUUUUGAGUUCUUAGAUCAGAAUUUUUUAAUGCCAUCCUCAUUAAUUUGCCAAUAUGAUUUAAGUUGAAACUGUACUAUAAUGUAUAUUCUAACUUUCUUGCAAGUGGCAGAAAGCAAGGUUAUGUGCAUGGCCAAGUGUUUGUAGAUGCAUGUGUUGAAAUAGGAGGUAUCCUAGUAUGUAUUUAGAUAAGAAAAACAUUAUGUGCUAGUGUUGACUUUGAAAUUAUAACAUGUAUACCUAUGUAUCUUUCUGUUUAUUUAAAAUUUUUGAAAAUAUACAGUACUAUUUAUAUUUUGUAUACCUUUUAAUAGGUAUCCACUUAAGGCAUUUGAGGUACAUAUAUUAACUAAACACUUUCUUGGCCCCAACUACAUUGAAAAAUAAUAAUUAUACACGUUAAUAACAUUUGGUAGAUUUCUAAAUACAACUCAUAAAUAGUUUCUUAACUGCUGUAAGGAUGGACUAAUACCAUUGGUCUCCUUGUUUACUCUCUUAAAUAAAUAAAAUUGUCACAGGUUUAAUAGAUCAGGCUUCUAAAGCAAACGUGAAAUGUUCACAAAAUUUUUUGUAUAUCAUUCGGUAGUCUGUUAUGGCUUUAACUGUGUAUUUGAUCCCCAGAGCCAUAUCACUUGACUGCCUUAGAAGCAACAGGACUUAAAAAUCAACUUAUUUUGUCAACUUCAGUAACAGAUAACCCUUCCGGAGGAUAUGAAAAGAAAUUCAGCUAUGUUGAAUUCUACUUUUUGUUCAAUUAUAUAGCUUUUAGUUAUUUGAAGUCAUAUUUAGAGGUAAGUCAUUUGCUUUUUCUUUUAACUUUCCCCUAAAAUUAGUAGGUAAAAAAUUCACUUUUUUAUUAAACGAGGAAGAUUAGGAAUGUAUUUCAUUGAGAGCCGAAUUAUAUUUCCUCCAGUGUGCUACAUUAAAAAAAAAAAAAAAAGCCUUAAACUAAAUGUUGGCAUCCAUGAGUAGCAUGAGGAACAGAAAUGUGUAUUUUGGCCACAAUUCGCAUACAGUAAACACUUAAGAUCUAUGUUGAGAACUGAAGGAAGUAUGAAUGUUGAAGUGCUUGGAAUUCCACGCGGAAGAUCUUAGAAGCAGUUUUGCUCUCCCCCAUCUCUCUGUAAAACCAACUUUGUUACUAGAUAUAAAUUCUAUUUGAGCUUUUCUUUUAUUGCUGGAAAGGUUAAAGUCUUGUAACCUAUAUAUUCAAAGACCUUCUUAUGAUACAUCCUAAAAAUUAAGAGAAGUUAUUCCUUUAUACAUCAUGACUUGAGGUAAAGUAAAUAAUUUCCAAAUCCCAGACUGCCUUAAAAGGCUCAAGACUGUUGCAUGGUGAUGGACAUAUUCGUACUUUCCAAUAAGGAGAGUUUGUAGGAAUUGAGAUUAAUUAAACUUCUAGAAUAUGAGGUUGGAGCGAGCAGAUGAUAAGAAGGGCCUAUAGAUGCACUCUCUUUUGAAAUAGUUUGAGAAGAAUGAGUAUCAACUCUUCUUUACAUGUUUGGUAGAAUUUCCCUGUGAAGUCAUCUGAUCCUGGACUUCUGUUUGUUGGGAGUUUUCUGGUUACUGAUUCAAUUUCUUUGCUGGUAAUUGGUCUGUUCAAAUUUCCCAUUUCUUCCUGUUUCAGGCUUGGUAGGUUAUAUGUUUCUUGGAAUUUAUCCCUUUCUUUUACGUUGUCCAAUUUGUUGACAUCUAGUUUUUCAUAAUAUUCUCGUGUAAUUGUUUCUAUUUCUAUGGUGUUUAGAUCCACUCUUUUCAUUCUUGUUUCUUUCAGGAAUAUUCUUGUCCAUAGGAAACCUAUCAGAGAAAAGUAACCUAGACAUCAAGAGAUGGCACUUACGUGCUUUACAUCUAGAAAGGACGAGGGGGGACCCAGGGAAGUGGUAGGCUGUGGCAUGCAGUGAUGGGCCCACUGGGAGGUGCUGCUAUGUUAUAUUAGAGAGACUGCCCAAGAAUUGGGCAACAGAGACCUGCUCCCCUCCAUCACUGUAUUGCAGGUAGUCUGCUGUGGCUCUGUGGUUCCUACCUUUAACUACAAGUCAAAAUAUUGGGAAUCUCUUUUUAAAAAAUUAGAUUCCUGACCUCAUCCCAUAAUUACUAAAGCAGAAUUUCCAGGAGUGCAGAGGGGGAUCUGGAGCCUUUAAUUAAAUAGUAACAACAGCAACAACAAAAAGAAAGCAAAAUAUUUGAUGGUUAGAGAUAUUUGGAAGCAGUGAAAUCAAUAGAUGCCCAAAUAGAUGGGUACCACUGGGUAGUCAUGUUACUUCCCUGGGACUUGCUUUUGUUACCUGUAAAAUAAAAGGGUUAUAUUAUCAGGCAUACAAUUUUAAGUCACCUUUUCUAUUACUAUUUGAAUGAAACAGUGGGACACAUUUUAACAUCUUCCUAUGUUGACUAAAAUCAUAGACUAUUAGAGUUGGAAAAAAAAACGGUAUCUAGUCCAACUCCUUGAUUGUAAAGAUGAAAAAACUAAAACAAAGAUUAUUGAAAUAUUCUGUUUUCUCUUUUAAAGUAUUUUAUAAUUUUUUAUGGAAAAACCUAUCAGGUAAAUGGAAAUUAUCCUUCAAAAAUAUUUUUUUAUGUAUUGUGAUUUUUAACUGGUAGUUUUUCUACUUUGGAUGGGCAUUUUCUUCCCAACCACACACCCUUCAUUUUGCCGUCAUUGCUGGAUUCAAGACAUUUGUAAACAUUUCAGAAAUAUGUGAUUAGAAACACUUGCAUUAAUAGAAGUUUUGCUGAGCAGACUUUUUGGGAGAAAACUCUUAUAUCAAGUAAGGGGUCUGAUCUCAGAAAGGAAUAAGAACAAGGCAGAAAAAGUGCUUGAGUUUUUGUGCAUGUGUGUGUGUGUGCGUGUGUGCUUGUGUGUGUGCGCACACAACCCUUGCACGAGUUCUCUAUGUUGCCUUAUCACCAAAGCCAAAUAUAAAAAUAGAAGCUAUGUUUGCAUAAUUCAUUUAUAAAAAUGAACUUUAACUUUCAUUUGUUUUUACAUAGUGAAGAUGGUUAGAUAUUAUCAUGCAUGAUUUACCUAUUACAGAGAGGAUUUAGCCAGAUUUCCUGUCAUCCUGAGAAAACAUCUGGAUCUAAAAAAAGACAAUCUGCUUCCCUACAGAGAUUUUUAAAAUUAUUUUUAGGCACAAUUGCUGAUGAACAACUACUUGAUAUUAAAAUCUCCUUCAGUGAUUGGAAGUUGUCAAAUAAAAUAGGUGUGGAAACACCUGCUGUGGCAUGUGUGUACAUUGAGAACAUUUUGAUUUUCCUCCUUUUCUAUAGUGGUCUCCAGUAAAGCUGAAAGUUUUAUAAAGUCUAAAAUCAAAUAUGUCCACAGUUCGACCUGGCUUCUCCUAAAAUAGCUCUAGGUAAUAAAAUCUAAAAGCCAAGCCUGCAUGAAUUCCUGCACCUGGCCCCACAUCACCCCAAACAGCUUCUCAUGCUGUGAUAACCACUCUGCCCAUUUAAACUGCUUAUUGAAUCUGAUUAAUUUUUGUUUGAAGAAAAGGUUACUCUUCUGAAAUUUGCCUUUAUAUGUGACAUUAGCUUAAUUAUGUUAGGUAGAUUCAGAUUUCUAUUAUAGUAUUACUUUGCUUCAAAUUCUGCAUGUUUCUUCUUAAGUAGCAAGUAUCUUUAUUAGAAUGUACAGCUAGGACUUCUUUGUUUAAUAUAGUCCAGAAUAUGCUCUUUCAAAAAAUGGGCUUCAUAAAGUAAAAAAAUUAAAACAAUAAAACCCCAAAUAAACAAAAGUGGGCGGGGGGCAGCUUUCAGGCAAGUGUCUACUCAACAUUUUCUACUAUAGGAAGUUUUCUUAUCAUAAAGAAUAAUUUUAGUUCCAAUGGGAAAAAAGACCAAAAGACUUAAAAUCUGAAACAUAUUGCAGUGACCUUUUGAUUCCAACAUGCAUGACUGGCAAAUUCUGAAAAAAGAUUCUUCUUAUAUGAAGCUAAGAUGGUAUGUAGAAAUGAGGGAAGAGUCUUGAAUAGGAAGGACCACAAAUGUCAUACAGAACAAUCUCAUGGUAAGGGGAAAAAACCUGAAACUCAGAGAACUCUGUAUGACUGCCAAGAUCAUAAGGAUGGGCCCCACGUGGGCUCCCACACCAGAGUCCUGCUUCCCUCUAUACCUACGCACAUCUAUGACCUGAUGGCUUGCAAAGCACACUUAGGUUCUUUGACUUGUUUACUUCUUCCAACAAACUUCAAGGCAGCCUUUGUGAUUUCUAAUUGCAAAUAGAAAAAUUAAAUAACCAAGACAGUAAAUAUUUCUCAAGAUAAUACUGAGAAAUAAAUAGGUGGUUCUGCAGACUCCUGGUAAUUCAGGCUCUUUUCAAAAAAAAAAAAAAAGGAAGAGGAAGCAAAGAGUGAACAGUUCUUUUUCACGUACAUGUUAUGCACAACAAUUAGGCUAUUUAUUUUUAUUUCAUUGAGAGUUUCUCUUAAUUUUGCCUUUCCAUCUUCUUACCCAAAGUUCAUCAUUCAUGAAUUCUGUGGUUUCAGUGGUUUCAAAAGAUACUAUUAAAGAAGUCAUGAAGAGGGCUCACUUUAUCAAAGUAUUUUUCAUUUUUUGAUGCCUAUGCUCUGAUACUGUAUAAAAUCUCUACAUGGGCCAAAAUGUUGAAGGUAAACUAAUAAGUACCCGAAGCAAUCCUCAUCUGUAGUACCAAAUGAAUCCUUAUCUCCUCACCCUUCAAAAGAAUCACAGGAAAUCUCCACACUAUAUGGCUUAAAUGUACUCCAGAAUAAACCAGAACAUUUCCCUUGGAGCUUGCAGUUAUUUCCAAUUUAUAAUCUUUCUCCAAAAUAAGUUGUAUCUGCCGAUUUCUUUUUGAAGCUUUAUUCUCCAAUUAAAUUAUUUACUUAUGUCAUUUUAUAAAAAUCAUUAAACAAUUCAAUCCA